UUGUGACCUUUCAGCCACCAGUCGCCUAUAACUGCUGCGUUCAACGAGACGACAUCAGUCCAUCGGGAGCGUUCGAAAGUGCCGCGACAAAACGCGGGAAAACAAUACAGUUUUUUUUUAAGAUAGUUCACAAAAAUGGUGGCAAACGGGAGAAUGGAGAAGAAGCCGUCUACGGAGAAGAUAUCCUCGACCGCAACGCUGGACGAGGCCAUGCUGGAGGCUGGUCUGGGCUUGUACAACUUCGCGCACAUGCUGAUGAGCGGCAUCAUCCUGAUGGGGGUAAUCAUGCAGACCCUGAACCUUGGUUAUGUGAUCCCAGCCGCGCAGUGUGACCUCAACCUUAGCCUGGGCACCAAAGGAUGGCUCGCAGCCAUCCCGUUCACUUCUAUGAUCCUGACAUCCCACAUGUGGGGCUACUUAGCGGACACGCGCGGCCGCCGGCCGGUCAUGAUGGUUUCCAUGCUGGUGUCCGUCCUUCUCAGCAUACUGGCCAGCUUCGCGCCCAACCUGCCCGUGUUCGCUGUACUGACGUUCUUCUCGGCUGUGUUCAUGUCGGGCCCUUCAGCCGUCGUCUACACGUACCUGGGCGAGUUCAACAACCUCCAGCACCGGGACAAGAUGGUGGCCUUCGGAGCCUCAUUUGUGGGGAUCGGGACCGUGCUGUUACCUGGUGUCUCCUGGCUAAUCCUCCCACAGGACUUCGCCUGGCCAAUCUCCUGGCUGGGCAUCGUCUACCGCCCCUGGCGUCUUCUCGUGGUCGCUGCAGCCCUACCCUACACCCUGGGCGCUGUGCUCCUGUUCUUGGCUCCUGAGAGCCCCAAGUUCCUUAACGCGCAGGGCAGAUAUGACGAAUGCUUGGCUACUGUGAAGAAAAUCUAUGGAGUCAAUAAGUGGACUGACCCGGAGACUUUCCCGAUCAAAUCUUUGGUAGUAGAUCCGAGUGCAGUGACGGCUAGCAGCGCCAAGGGCAUCACAGCAGUUUUGAGUUCCAUGUGGGACCAGACAGCGCCUCUAUUCAAAGGGAAACUCCUCAAAUGGACCUGCCUCACUUGCUUUGUGCAGUACGGGAUAUUCUCAGCGUGUAACGGAUUCUACGUGUGGUUCCCUACCAUCCUCAACUCGCUGGCCAACCACAACGGAGCCGAAGACGCCAGGAUAUGCGAGAUUUUAGACGCGAGCCAGAAGGCAGCCGCGAACGCUACUGAUGUGAUCUGCGACGAUACUAUGAACACCGAGACCUUCGAGCGCUCCAUCUACAUCGGCCUGGUCUUCUGCUCCAUGUACAUCGUGGUCGGCUUCCUUGUGGACUUCGUCGGCAAGAAGCUGAUCCUCCUCACGAUCCUCGGCGGCGCCGGUCUGUGCGGCAUCAGCGCCCAUCUGGCUUCGAACCAGCAGACGGCGGUGGUUCUGUUCGCCGUGUUCCAGAUGAGUGGAGCGUGUAUUGGCAUGAUGAAUGCUGUGGCUGUGGAAUUGUUCCCGACUAGAUACAGGGCUAUGGCAGUGUGCUUAUCAAUGAUGAUGGGCCGUCUGGGGUCUGUGGUGAGCUCCAACCUCAUCGGAGUAUUCAUGAGGGUCAACUGCGGCAUCAGCUUCUAUCUCUUCGGAGGACUUUUACUCACAUGCUGCGCAGUCUGCCUCACUCUUCCAGGCAAGAAGAAACGCGUGAAACACACCACGAAGAGCGUAGAACCGGCCCAGAAUGAAACCCAUGAACCAGUAUGAAGCGGCUCAUAACUUAACCUCGAACCACUUUUGUCCGUUCGUCUAUUUGCCUCUCUAUCGCUCGCGUGAAGGAGCGAUAGGGAAGCAGAUGACGAAAUUAUGAUUUACUAUGUCCACGGUAGGGUCCUCAGAUCUAACCUGGAUUUUAGGAGGUUUUUGUUGUUGUUGUAUGCGUUGGUAGAAGUCGAGAAAAAGAUGAUUUGGCGUCGUGGCCGUCGUGUCUUUUGAUAUCUUGCACGGAGAAAGAAUUUCUGUGGGGAGAUGUUGAAACGUAUUUAGUAAACACCCUGAUAGUAUGACUAAGUACUGCGUAGGUAUCUAUUUUUUGCAGAAUAUUAUAUUUUUAUUUAUUUCAUCUUUAUUAGACAAGGUAUGAAUUCCGGACUUAAUGCCAUAAGGCGUUCUCUACCAGUGAACCAAUAGGUUAAACUAGAAAGAUUAUGUAGGUGGGUGCAGUGAGAAUUUAGUGACGGUACACUAUAUUUUUAACUUAUUUUUUUCUAUGUGGGGUCCUUUAUUCAUCAAAUAAAUGUAACAAUUAAGUAAACGUACAAAUUAAGUGCUUAUAAACUAAAAUAAACCUAAGAAUGAUACUAAAUAACUUAAAGAACAUUAGAAUUUAAAAAAAAAAUCUUUUUUUAAUUUUAUUUAUAUACUCGUAUAGCAUACAGAACGCAAGGAGCGCAAGCGCGACUGAGCGAUCCUCGGUGCAUGGCACCCAUAGGUACAUUUAAAUAAAAUAGAAGUGACUUGCGAAGUAAAUUACUUAUAAUGUUCUGUGUGUUGAGACGUCAGUUGGCAAAGACCACAUUAGAAACUAGCCAGCUUAAAAAAAACAGUUUUACUAAACUAACUAACACAUUAGGGUAAUUAAUCCGGAAAAGAUACAUUUUUUUUAAAUCUAUUCACUCAAUAAAAAAUACACAGUACUUAAUCCAUUUCACAUAUUUUUUCGCCAAACUGCAUGACAGUUUGUUGGCGCACGGUAGCACUCAACAAUCUUCCUUAAUCUACUGUGUAAGGUAUAAGUAGGUACUAUCGGCAGUACACUUACCUGACCUGGACAUAAGUAAUUAAUAAAAAUUCAGCUUAAUUAAUAUCAAGCUAUUAAGCUACUAGGUACUAUCAUAAAAAUCAAGCGUGGGGUCAUUUGACACGCAGAUGAGGGGACCAUUAUAUUAGGGUUGACGCACGCGCACGCGACGCCCUUGUUCUGUUAUCCUUAUCGAUUACGCUGACCCUAAAAUCUUGAAGAUGAGAGCAAAUAAAAAGUUGGUAAAAAUAGUUAAAACUGUGAUACGACCUUGACCGCUUGGCUGUUUUCGCUGCUGGCUCCAUAAGUGCAUUUAUUUUAUUAAAAAUGUAAUGUAGGUAUAUAACAAAUUCUUAAACCAAUUUAUAGUGCCCACCAAUAUAGUCUGUAUCUUUAGGUACUUAAAUAAAAGUAAACAAAUAAUUUGUACAUUUUCGGAUAGUUAUAAUAUAACAUUUAUUGAUUAACCAACCAAAUACAAAACCACCCUGGAUCACUCAUUGAACGACCUGACUUUAAACUUAUUUGGAUCUAUAUCUGAAUCCCUAAAGUCUUUUCUCCUAUCUUUGCAUUCCCUAAUAUUGUUUGUCAUAAUGAUCAGGUGUCCUAACACUAAAAACCCUAAUUUUGUUUUCCCUAACCUAACUUAACCUAUCCUAAUGUUAUUAUUAAGCAUAUUUUCUUUUUUGCGAGGGUCGCAGUUCUAACCCUAACCUAACCCACUUUUGCGGCAGCAAGUUCUAAAACCUAACCAUUUUUCAGAACCUUACAUUAUGGAAAAUAAUCGUUAUGAUAAUUGAUCUUUAGGGCAUGUGCAGUUAUAGGGCAAGUGACUUUAGGACAAACGUUGUUAGGGAUUCAGAAUGACACCCCAUUAUUUGAUCAUGUAAUUGUAAUGUUUUCAUUUCCCCUUAAGGCUUAUGAAGCCAUUUGAUUUGGUAGCUUUAGUUUACUCUUUUUAAAAUACCUAAAGAUACAGACUAUAGGUAGUAGGUAAGGUAACAGAUAGUACAUAAUAUGAUAAUAAAUACACUUAGAAUUAUAUACUCGUAUCGUACAUAUAAGUACCUAAAUAUUUAUAUGCAUGGCAAGUUAAGCGAUGUUGUAUCCGACACCUAGCGCCACUUGCACCAUCCCACUAACCGGGUUAAACCGAACCAAGAGUCAAAUUGUAUUGGCAACCACGGUAACUCCAGGUUUAACCGGUUAACCCCGGGUUAGUGGGGUGGUGCAAGUGGCCCUUAGUGUAUUAAACUACCUAGGCAGAAACGGGUGCCUUUCAUCCCUUAACAAUCUACUAUUAGACUAUUGACUUUUGGCUCCUCUACAUGAUGGGCCAACGCCGGCCACUUCAAGGGACGCAGUCAUGCGGUAGAAUGAGAUAGCAAUAUAUAUCACUUGCUCCCUCUAACGCAUAAAUGCGUCCCUUGGAGUGGCCGGCGUUGGCCCAUCGUGUAGAGGAGCCAUUUGACUUUGUACCAACGUUCAAAUUGUAUACAGGGUGAUUCAGGAGACGUGAGCAGAACUAACACUGCGCAUUUUGCAAAUUAUAAGCAAAUGUUUCGUAUCAGUAUCAGUGAGGUUAAUGUUAAUGUUCUAGUCGUGUUGAAAAAAAAGGUAUUGAUUUAUUUACGACAUGCAUGGUCACCCUAAAAUUACUAAACUACCGAUAUUCUGUGUCAAAUUGAAUGUCAUCGCGGUCUGGUUACUUUUGAAAACUCGUAUCUCUCUCAAGUUUGACAGUUUAUUUUCUUCGUUUUAUGGUCAUUAAUUAGGUAUUGUAGGGCUGUAGGGUGACCAUGACUGUAGAGAAUUAAAUUUGCUCUCACCAAAAAGUUAAAAAAAUAGGAAAAAGUGCGGUUGUUUCACCUAAAUACGACGGUGAUCGAUCAAUUAUCAGUUACUGAGUGUGCAGGAUUAGUCCUGCUCACGUCUCAUGAAUCACCCUGUAUAUUGAUCGACUGCCAAUAAAUAUUAUAAUGAUAUUUUUACACCUGGCAAUGAGUGUUUUGUGAUAUCAUUGUACUUAUAAAUUUAAUGUUAGUACUUAAUAUAUUAGUGUAAUCGUAAUUACUAUAGCUAGUAAAUAUGUUCUAAUUUAUAAUAAUAAGAUUAAUAAGCACUAUAGGUACUACAUUCACUUGUUACUUGUUCACAAGCAUUGUAAUAGUUAAUUAUAUAAAAUGUAAGUAGGGACAAAUGUUAAUAAAGAAUUUCAAUUGUUA